UUCAUACAACAUCUCUAUAGCCGCAACUGGGACACUAUUUUACCUGCAACGCCACUACCAAAUACAUUUAACGUAUACAGCAACCACAGACAUGGAGGACCAGCAAAGAUACGGCUACCACUCUUUCUGUCACACCUGCUUAAGAACAGAAAAAAGAAAAAUGAAGAUCAGAAAGAUGUCCACUACGAGUCGAAUGCUGAUGUUCACGAUGGCAUUGACACUGUACGUCGUGGAAGUGGGUUCAGCCGAGACGCUGUGUGGUGGAGAACUGGUAGAUGCGCUGCAAUUCGUGUGUGAAGACAGGGGAUUCUACUUCAGCAGGCCAACCAGCAGAUCGAAUAGCCGGCGAGCGCAGAAAGGAAUUGUCGAGGAGUGUUGUUUCCGAAGCUGCAAUUUGAUGCUUCUGGAACAGUAUUGUGCGAAACCCGCUAAGUCGGAAAGGGACGUCUCAGCCACUUCACUUCAGGUCAUACCAGUGCUGCCGCUGCCGAGCAAGGACGUCCCGAGAAAGCAUGUGGCCGUGAAGUAUUCCAAAUAUGAAGUGUGGCAGCGGAAGGCUGCCCAGAGGCUGCGUCGGGGCAUCCCCGCCAUCCUCAGAGCCAGGAAGUUCAGACGGCAAGCAGAGAGAGCCAGGGCCCAGGAGCAGGUGGACUUCCACAGGCGCCUCAUCACCCUGCCCAGCAGGGUCCCACCUGCCAUGGCGCCCACAGAAAACUACGUCAACCACAAAUGAAUUCAGGAUCGUUUGCACAAACGAGAGUUGGAAGAAAAAAAAAGAGACUAGGGGAUUAUAGCUUUGUUUCUGACGUCAUUUCUGUGGCAGUCUUCUCGAGUCCUUCACAGCCCCCCCCCACCCCAUCCACACCCUCCACCCCUUGC